CGCGCUGCCGGAAGCUUCACGAUGCGGCUGCCGCCGCUGAGCUCCGGAUAAACCGUGAAAUCCCGGUCAAAUGUCACCGUGACAGCCCGGACGGGCGGGUCUGGUUCACGGGAGGCGGUUCUGUGUGUGGCGGAUAAAAUAGCUGCGCAGUUUGAUGGUCCCGACGUGCAGAAAAUGCGCGUGUUCCGCCUUUUUGGAUCCGACGGGAGAUGCUGCUGAGUGAACCUCAGUGACCCGCUGCCGCGCGCUCACGCAUGAAGCCGGGCUGAAGGCCCAGGAUGGACGGACCGAUCCGGCCGUGUCUCAGCGAGUCCCCUCAGGUCUGCGCCGGUCCCGGUUGUGUCCCGGGGCGUGUCGGGGAGCGGGCGGUUCCUGACGGUGCGGCGGUCCCGCAGGUCUUCCGGUGGGGGGAGCAGGCCCUGGAGGUGCUUCGGGCCUUCGGCCAGCUGCGGCAGGCGGGCCGGUUCUGCGACGUGGUGCUGGUGGCCGGCGGGCGCCGCGUCCCGGCCCACCGGGCCCUGCUCGCCGCCUCCUGCCCCUACUUCGACGCCAUGUUCACCUCCGGCAUGAGGGAGGAGCAGCAGCAGGAGGUGGAGCUGGGGGGCUUGUCCUUCCAGGGUCUGCAGGCGGUGGUGGACUUCCUGUACAGCGGAGAGCUGCAGCUGGACGGAGAGAACAUCAGCUGCGUGCUGGAGGCCGCUCACCUGCUGCAGGCGUGGCGUGCGGUGGAUUUCUGCUGCCAGUACCUGGAGCAGCAGGUGAGGGAGGACACGUACCUGUACCUGCAGGACCUGGCUCGCUUCUACAGCCUGGAGAGGCUGGACCGCUUCGUCGACCGCUUCGUCCUCGCUCGCUUCGCCGCGCUUUCCCUCACGCCAGACUUCCUGCAGCGCACCCCGCUGAACAAGAUCACCAGCUACCUCUGCAGCAGCCAGGUUCAGCACGAUGGCGAGCAGACGCUGCUGCACGCCGCCCUGCAGUGGCUCGCCCGGGCGCCGGAGCGCGCCGUCCACGCCCGCCAGCUCCUGUCUCACGUCCGCUUCCCCCUGAUCCCGGCGGCGGACCUGGCCGGCCGGGCGCUGCCGGCGGUCCGCGCCCUGCUGCCGGAGGACGCCGGCUGCAGGGAGCUGCUGGAGGAGGCGGCGGAGUACCACCGGAGGAGCGGCGCUCAGCCCGUCCUGCAGGGCGGGCGCACGGCGCUGCGGGGAGGCGUGGAGACGCUGCUGCUCGCCGGGGGGGAGGUGUUCGAGCGCGGCCAGCGGCUGAGCGCCGCGGUGAGCCGGCUGGACCCCCCGGGGGUCUGGGGGGCGGAGACGGAGAUGCCCGUCCGGCGGAGCCACCACUCCCUGGCGGUGCUGGGGGGCUUCGUGUUCGCCGCCGGCGGCAGCACGUCCAGGUACAGCGAGAGGGACACGGCCUGCAACCUGCUGCACCGAUACGACCCUCGACACCGGCAGUGGACCCGGUGCGCUCCCAUGAACCACGAGCGGUCGGACUUUUUCCUGGGGGCGGUGGGAGACCGCCUGGUCGCCGUGGGAGGCAGGAGCGACGCGGGGGCUCAGUUCUCUGUGGAGGUCUACAAACCGGCCGAGGACCGCUGGACCUUCGUCUCCAGACUCCCAAAGUGUACCUACGGCCACGGCGGCGCCGUCCACGACGCCGUCGUUUACAUCUCCGGCGGUCAGAGCAGCAUGGAGGGCUCGUACCGCAGCGACUUCCUCAGCUACGACCCGUCGCGGGACCAGGACGGGUGGGCGGAGCUUCCGCCCAUGCGCGAGGCGCGGAACUGGCACUGCAUGGCGUCCGUCGGAAACCUCAUCUACGCCAUCGGCGGCAGCACCAACUACGCCGACUUCACCGAGCGCUACGACACGCAGCGGGUGGAGUGCUACGACGUGCGCCGCCGCCAGUGGACCCGGGUGGCGCCGCUGCUGCAGCCCAACAGCGAGGCGGCGGCGGCGGUCUGGGACGGGAAGGUCUACGUGCUCGGCGGCUACAGCUGGGAGAAGAUGGAGUCCUUCAACACCGUGCAGGUGUUCGACCCCGAGAGGCGGGAGUGGAGCAGGGGGCCCGACCUGCCGCAGAGCAUCGUCGGCUCGGCGGCGUGCGUGUGCACGGUGAGGCCGGCCGGCGCCACCGAGAGGACGGCGGCGCAACCGCCCGAAAGACCCUGAAGCAGACUCCGGAGACUGCUGAUCAGUUCUCAGGGUCAUGACGAGGAACGGCAGCUGUGUUCUCACAGUGAAGGGGUGUGUGUGUGUGUGUGUGUGUGUGUGUGUAAAAUGAUAAUGUUCA